GGACCUCAGAAGAAGCUGGCCUCUAAACUGAGAAGCAUCUGCUGCAUCAACUGAAAAUGAGAGUGACCUGUGUCGUUUUUGUCUUGGUGCUGUGUGUGUGCAGGCAAGCUCUAGGUGUGCGGGUUAAAGUUGGAGACAGGAGCUUCCCCUUGGAGGCGGUGAAGCAGCUGAUGGAGCUGAUGGAUGUGGACGACGCCGUGAGCCCACACCUCGCUGAGACGAGCAUCGUAGCCGUUUGCACCAACCCCGUCCUACCGCAGGUCUUUCAACCAGUGUGCCAAGGGAAGGGAGCAGCCAUUGUUUUCUCCAAACUAAUGUUUAUCGCCACGUCUGCAGAUCCGUGUGAAAUAUGUGCCAACCCCUCCUGCUUUGGGUGUUUGGGCUGAGGCUGCCGUCUGCGAGACACAGACACACUGACAGAGAGCGUCUUCCUCCAUUAUUCUUCCACAUGCAUAUGUAUAAUCCAUAAAAUACACAUGAAUACAUGGUUCUGCCACCUAGCAACCAACGGGUCUCAAGGCUCAGUCAUCAAUUUUGUUACACACACAAACUGAGUUGUUCACUGUUUCAUUCAUUUAAAAAAAGGUUUUGAUAGAUGCUGUUUAUAC